UCAUCUCCAACACCGGCAGGAGCCCCUGGACUGCCUGCCUGGGCUCAGAUCUGUCGUUUUGCGCCUCGCUGUGAUGAAGUGUGGACUAAGCGACAUUGUGAAGUAGUCUAAAUGACUGCCGUGCAACAGGCGACCGGGCUGCGAACUCACUGAGGGCUACACCACCGCAGGAGGAACUGUUGCACGAAAUCCCGCUGCGAUGUCUCUGCUGUGUGUCAGAGUGAAGAAAGCCAAACUCCAUGGGCCUCCAGAUAAGUUCAAUGCCUACGUGACGUUAAAGGUGCAGAAUGUGAAGAGCACCACCAUCACGGUGCGUGGGGACCAGCCAUGUUGGGAGCAGGACUUCAUGUUUGAGAUCAAUCACCUGGAGUCGGGGCUGGUGGUGGAGCUGUGGAAUAAAGGCUUGAUCUGGGACACCAUGAUCGGCACAGCGCUGAUACCGCUGGACACCAUCCGACAGUCUGAUGAGGAGGGUCCAGGGGAGUGGACGUCUCUGGACUCUGAGGUCUUGAUGAAGGAGGAUGAGAUCUGCGGUACAACCAACCCAACGCCACACCAAGUGCUGCUGGACACACGCUUUGAACUGCCUUUUGAUAUCCCAGAGGACGAGGCCCAGUACUGGACCAGUAAACUGGAGCGGAUCAAUGCCAUGCCGAUACAUGACGAGUAUCCACUACAGGAAGAUGUCCAUAGAAGGCGAAUGGCGUCUGUGCCCUCCCAGUGCUCCUUAGAUGACCAUGAUAGUGCAGUGGAUGAUCGUGACAGUGACUACCGAAGUGAAACUGGCAACCGGCCUCCACGCUACCACAACACCUCGCAGACCAACUCGUCUGUGCACCAGUACCCCAUUGGCCGCAGGGUGCAGCAUCAGGCCCUAUCCAGAGAGUCUGACUCUAUACAGAGCUAUGAGCUAGACUAUAGAGAAACAAGGGGACCCAGGCGAUCAAACAGUAAGGGUGGGAUCAGAAUUAUCCCUGUUGACUCAGGUAUGGGUGUAGAGGACUGGGAGGGUAAAUAUAAAGUGCCUGAUUCAAGUGUCUUGGAUUACUUGGAUGCGGAACAGACGACAUGGGAGGAUGAGGACAAAAGCAUCAUCUACCGCAUCAGUGACAGCCAAAGUGAAUCUAAAGGCAGCAGGUUCUAUCAGACGGUAGAAUGUGAUGCAUUAUCCCCUGAGGAUACCGAAGAGCUGGAUGGCACUGGCAGGCCCCGCAAAAAGAGGAAUGGCUUUGGCAGUGGAGAGGUACGUUUAGUCUAUAAGGAAGCGGGCAACUUUGAGGAUGAAUUGUCCCCUCCUGAAAUUGAUUUCAUUCCAUCGGUGAAACAGCUACGACAGAAGACAGACAGAGAGGGGCUACUGUACAAGACAAGAUUGUGGGCCAAAACUGCAUUAGAGAAUACACUUGAGAGCUAUGCAGCCUUCAGAGAAGAAGAGGCAGCGAGGGAAGAGGCUGCAAGGAUCAGGGUCAGGAGUGAAUAUGACUCAAUUGGCUCAGAUGAAAUGCAGUAUUCUUUUGGAUCUGAGGAGGAGCUAGAUGAUCUGACAUUUAUUGAAGGGGAUGUCACUUAUGAAUAUGAAAGUUACUACUAUCCUGGCAAGAAUAUUUGCCCCAUUGGAGGACAAGGCUAUAUAAGCAAAGGGAAGGCAGGCUGUGGAGAAGAACCUAUGCUGUCUCCUGUAGAGGAGCCAAAUGAUGAAUAUGUAGAUGCAAUGGGUGAACUUAAGAGUUUAGUUCAUUCAGUAUCUGAAUACUUGGCUGUUAAAGAGGAGGAGAUCAACAAUUAUGAAUCAAUGCCUAAACCAGUCAGGAGAAAACUCCCCGCACUGCCUACUGAUGCCAAACCAGUACAAACCGAGGAAAAUAAGAGUAAAGAGGCAAAACCAGAGGAGGUUAAGGAGGACACUGCUGUUGAGCAUGGCAUAGCAGGAGUAAAGAAUCCCAUUAGCUCACUAUUUAGCAGUAUCACAGGUUCUAAACCCAGCACUGAGGCUACUGAGGCCACUGGCACAACUCCGUCCAGUUCCCCUGGACCACCACAAACAGAGUCUGGCAUUUCAAAAUUGCUGUCGUUUAUUCCUAAGCCUGCUGCAGAACCUACUGGAACCGCUGGUGCAACUGCAACAGAUGCGCCUACAACACAAGCCCCACCACAAGCUGAGUCAGGAAUUUCAAAGCUGCUUUCAUUCAUGCACAAAAGUGGUAGUAGUCCACCUCCUGUAGCUAUUGUUCCUCCCGCGUCUCAAGAGCCCACAACAGAAAAGACGUUUUCCCUUCAGUCUCUGUUGCCUUUUCAGUCCUCUGACUCCAAUCGGACAGUUGAAGCUGAUCAAGGGUCAGCACAAGUUGGUACUGAGGCACAAAGCAGUGCUUCAACUACUAACCAGUCAACAUCUGUGGUUGACUCCAUGCUAGGAAGGCUUAGUCCUAUGAGACUUUUUUCUAGUGCCACAUCAUCUAGAGAGUCAUCACCUCAGCCAUCAGAUCGAAAAAGUUCUGCUGCAAGCAAUGAAUCCUUUGAAAGAGCCAAAAGCCCUCAAAGUGAUGGCUCACAAACAGAGCGACAAUCAUCAGAAGAGAGGAGACCAGGUUCAGGAACUGGAUCAGUUGAUCUUUUACCAGAUACAGGAAGUGGAUCGAUCGAACUUUUGCCAGAUACAGGAAGUGGAUCAGUAGAACUUCUCCCAGAAACUGAGUCAUCUGGUGAACUACCUGAUAUUCAGCAAAGAAGAACUUCUUCCAUUUCUGAUUCAAAACCUGAAGGCAGUGCAGAGGAUACAGGGUUCUUCAGUCCUUUUAAGAAAUCUCUCUCCAACCUCAUAUCAACAGCUCCUUCUGAGAACCCUGUGCAGACUGACACAAAGCCUGCAGAGGAGUCAUUUUUGGGCGGCAAACUGAAAAUCCCAUUUUUCUCCUCAGAAAAUAGCUCCACGCCACAGCCACCUAAAGCAGAAGGAGGUGUGCUCUCCGGGAUUCUUAAAUUUGCCUCUGGUGAAGAUGCUAAUGCUCCAAAAACAUCUGCACCCCCAAGCCCUGCUAGAACUCCCUCUCCAAGCCGGGCUGCACUUUUUGAAAGUGUUCCAAAAGGGAACACAGAAACUGGCUGGUUUUCUAAUCUCUUCAAGGCAGCCCCAAGUGAACCUGCUAAGGAACCUUCAAAGAGACAAAUUACCCCCACUGUGACAUUGACCAAGCCUAGUGGUCAAACAGAACCACACACUGAACAAAUGGCUCCUGAAAAAACAGAUGUUAUUGAUUGUGAAUCAGACCAAGUGUCUCAAGAGCAAACACUGUCUGAGAAAGAUCCCCAGUGCAAGACAGAUGCCUUAUCUCAGCUUGAAGUAGAAGCCACUUCUAAAGAUCAAGGUCCUCCCAAGCCUGUGGAAGAAUCUAAAACUCAGCCUCUGGAACAGUCAGAACCACAAGUUCCACAUCCUCAAGGUAUUCUCUCUGGAUUGUUGAAACUAGGAUCAACAGAAGAUGUGGCUGCUGGCAGUAAAGCCCAGGGACAUUCUAGUCAACCUCAACAGGGUGGGCUACUUGCAGGGCUGUUUUCAUCAUCUCCCCAGUCUUCUACUCAAGCACAACAGAGUUCUGCAACACAACAGACAGGAGGAUUGUUGUCUGGACUUUUAAAGUUUGCUUCUGAAAACGUUAUUCCUCCUGUAAAUCAGUCAUCGGAAAGCAUAUCAGCAUCAUCAGAAAGCCAAGGUGGCCAAGUUCCACCUCAAAAGCAAGACCAACCAGCUGCGGAUCAGCCAUCCUCUGCACAACCUGAGGGAACAACCACAGACACUGUGGCAGGUCCUCAACCUCCUCAGUCCAUGCAAGGGCCCCAGCCAGUUGUAACUGACCAGCCAGAAAAGAAGGAAGGGUCUGAACAAAACCUGAAUCAAGGUAAUACUGCUCCUAUUCAGCCAACUGGGAUUUUGUCAGGAUUGCUUAAAUUAGGUUCGUCAGAAACCCCUCCACCAGAAAAAGGUCAAGCAGACCAGCAACUCAGACAACCAACAGGCACAGAUAAACAACCAAGCCAACAGCAGCAGCCUGACCAAAUAAGUCAAAAAUCAGUUCCAAACACAGCAGCAGGACCACCACCACAAUCUGGUGGAUUACUUGGAGGUUUGUUGAAAUUAACAGACACAACACAGCAGCAACAGCAAGGUCCUCAAGGUUCACAACAAACUCAACAACCAAGUAACAUACUGUCUGGACUUUUAAACAAGAUUGUAGAACCUAUUCCAACUCCACCUCAAUCACAAUCAGCAGUUAAUCAUCAAGAGUCUAACCAGAAGUCACCACAACAAACACCUCUCCAGCAAGGAGGGUUCCUCUCUGGUCUUUUUGGCUUGGGGGGGCCAGACUCUGCAGCUGCAAGCCAAGCCCCUCCAUCACAACAGCAACAGAGUGGUCCACCAGGGAGGCAACCUAAUCAACAGCCAAGCAACAGACAAAAUUUGCAACGACAAAACCAGGUCCCACCACAGCAGCCUCCUAGUGGUCCUGGAGGGAUGCUCUCUGGCUUAUUCAACAAAAUUGCAGAUGCUGGAGCUCCACAGUCUACAGUUAGUGGACAAUCAGGGCAGCAACAGACAACAAGAGUAGGCCAAAAUAGACCCCAGCAACCAUCAAAUCAACAGGGAGGUUUCCUCUCUGGGUUGUUUUCAGCUGGACCUGCCCCCUCAGCACAGCAACCACCGCCUCCUGGUAGUCAGUCAAACCAGCAGCAAUCACAACAAGGUAAUAGACAACCCCUGCAGAGGCAAAACAAGAUACCUCCACAACCCGUUGCCUCUGCACCUGAGCCACAGCAGGGUGGACUAUUGUCAGGGCUUUUCAAUAAGUUAGCAUCUACUGACAAUGUUCCCCAGCAAACCACACCCCAAACUGGGCCUCAACACGGUAAUAAGCCAAAUACUCCUGGGCAAGGACAGUCUGCAGGUCAACAGCUCCCCCAACCCAGCCAACAAGGAGGACUUUUCUCUGGUCUGUUUGGUCAGACAGCACCACAGCAGCAGCAACAGCAAACCAAAAUGCCAAGUCCUCAGCAAGCGGCUGGCCAACAGUCUAGUCAAACAGGAGGUUUGCUCUCAGGCUUUCUGAAGCUUGCAUCUGGUGAAACUGAACCUCAGCAACAAGUAUCACCUCAACCUACUCAGGCAGGUCAACCAUCUGUCAAAGCAGGGCAAGUUCCACGGCAGUCUGAAUCAGGCGGAUUGUUAUCUGGCCUGUUAAACAAAAUUUCAGCCACUGAAGAACAGCCAUCAUCACCUGCUGAUCAGAGCUCUCAACCAGCACAGAAACAACAGCAGGCACGUGCAGGACAGGGGCGACCACAGAUUCAGAGAGCCAAACCCGUAGACUUGCAGCCCUCCCAAGACACAACAGCGGAUAAGGACUCAAAAGGUACAGCACAGAAAGGUUUCCUCUCAGGCAUUUUUAGUGGUACAGCAGAGAUGCCUACAUCAAAGGAACAACAGACAUCAACUACCCAGCCUGGAAAGGAGGAACCAAAAACUAGCACAAGUAGCACAUCUCAUGGUGUGCUACCCAGCAUUUUCAAAACAGGCCCCAGUGAGAGUAGCACUUCUUCUGCUGGGAGGGAAACAGAAAAAGGCCUUCUCAACCGUUUAAUACCUAAAAGUAAAGAAGAUGUUCCUGCGAGCACUGCCACAGUCACAACUAGUGUAGACACAACUAAACCUGUCACUGAUAUCUUUAAAGAAGCUCCCACACAAGUUUGGCAAGAUCCUACAAUUUCUCCAACCCAACAUUACCUUGAGGAAAUUCAACGUCUCUUGUAUGGGACAACAGAGGAGUAUGGUUACCAAGAUCUGUUAUACAACUUUGCACAACAUGGCGUCAUUCCACCAGAGCUUUAUGAGCAUCAGUGUCUCAUAGAGGCUCUUCUUUGGCAGCAGCUCAAUGAUUAUGCCCUUGCUGAGGCCAUCGCUACUCAAGUCCAAGAGCGCUAUCAGACAUGCCAAGGACAUAUACCAUCCACAGUUAGAGGACCCACAUGGGAGAAACGAGGAUGGCUAAAUCCUAAAGAAAUGGACACCAGUCAAUUCAACAUACCCUCACAUCCUUGGAGGGAUGCUGCCGCUCAACUUUUUGAAAGCCGAAAUCGCUUUCUUGAGCCAGAUGAAGACCUUGUUUUGUUUGACAUGAGUUGCAGAGAAAAGAAACCCUGGAGCAGCUGUGAUCAUUUGAAUGAUCUUGAUAGUAACAGAAAACCAUGGAUUGAGGGAGGAAGUGCUCUAAAUCUAUCCACAGAAAAGAAAAAGGAAAAACUGAGUAGAUGUCAGUCUAUUUCUGAAUGCACUAUACAGGAAUUCACCCAAAAGGCUGAUAAAACCAGUCUUGGUAAUGCUGUAACAGAUAAAAAAGAGUUUGAUAUAAAAUCAGCUACAGAGUUUUUAAAACAACUUGCCACAAAAAAGGGCCCUGUGGAUUUAACACGUAGCGCUAUGGAUUUAAGCAGGUCUGCAGGAAUUACAGAAGAUGUUGAUAACAUGUUUUUUGAGGACUCUGAGUGGUAUCAACAAUGGCUUUCUCUGCUGGAACAAGGGCUGUGGUGGCCAGCUGAGGCUGGAGAUUGUGGAUAUUAUGUUUACACGGAUGAAGAAUUCAUUUAUUCCCUUUUAACUGACAGAGCUGGUAGACACCUCUAUGCAUGUGGUGCACCAGAGAAUGUGCAAACCCUUGGACAUAUCACAGAAAAUAUUGCUAACAUGAUGAAACAAAAAGAAAAAGACAAAGUAACCCUUUGUGGAUUUAAAAUUCCCCUCUACAAUGAAGAAGAUAGCCUCUGGAUUCCAGGCCUGGAACGGAGAAAUUUAUCACUCUUGAAUGCUCCUAUGGACCUCACUUCAGCCUUUAGAAAAGGUGAUAAAAUCAUGAACAUGAACCUGGAAAGUUUUUCUCAAAUGUUUCAGGAAUCUGUAUCUUCUCAAUCAGAGCAGCCUGUAGACUUCACUGUGUACAAACUUAAUAAGAUCAAAGUGGAAUCAGUGCAAAAUGGUUAUAGCUUUCAUGAGGAGCCAAUGGAGGCCACUGAUCUCACUUUGAAGACACUAAAAGGGGGACAUGGCGGACCAUACUGGAAGAAUCAAGGGAUAAAAGAUAUCCAGAUCCCUUCAUCCACCACACCUGCACUAUCCCCAAGGUCUUAUUCACCACAGAUGUCUCCAAACAGACGUUAUCCAAUUCCUGAAAUUAAGAUUGGUCAUGUAGACGAUAUAGCUGCAGACCAGCUUAAACAGAAGUCAAGCUGCACGUCCUCACCUACUGGAGGAACUGGUAGCAGGUCCUCUGAUGUUGGUGUAAGCAAAGCUGCUGCCACCAUGAAGCGUUCAGAGAUUUCCACAGGGUCUAGAAAUCUUCCUGAGACUCCAUCACCCUCUAAAAUACCAGGACCCGCACAGUCAGGAAAGAAACUGCCACCAGUAGUUACUAAUAAAACAUCCUCAGCUCCCUCAGUGCAGGCAGCUUCAUCUAGGACUGUACCCACAUCUGCUGCAACUGUUGCUUUGCCAUCUGUUUCAUCACAGAAACCCCAGCUUGCUAGGCAGUCAUCUCAGGCGCAUAAAUUUACAGUUGUGCCACAGCCAAACAAGACCGCAGUUACAGGAAUGUGUGAAAUCAACAAAGACAACGGCACUGCAAUAGCAGGCCAAAGAUCUUUCCCACCUCAACAGCAGCCACAGGAACCUACGCCACAGUUACAUAUUCUCAAUGAAAUCUCACUGAAAAAUAAUAAAGUCUACCCAUACCACAGAAAUGAGCACUGUAGCACGCAUCAGUUGGGCAAUACAGUUCUAGAUUUUUCUGCCACUGACAAAAAGACAGAACAAAAAGACAAAAUACAUGGUAACAUGGAAUCUACACAGACAGAGAAAGUUCAAGUUGUUGACUUUACAAAAUAUAAGUUGAAGAGAUUCAAAGAAAAACAGGCAGAAGCUAAGCUAAAAACAGAUUUGACUGACAAGACCGCAUUUGGAGCUGUGGAUCUUACUAAACAGACUGAGGAGGACGAAGUUGAAUGGACAAAUCUAGAAAAUACUCUUACAAGUGUCUCACAUCUGAGAGAAGUUUCUCCUCAGUCCAACUAUAGGCCAGACGAUCACCACAGCACAACAGUGAGAAGAUCACCCAGUCCAGAGAUUAGGGUUGAAUAUGCCUCUUCUGUAGUGCAUAAGCCUACACCACCCUUAUCCUGUAGUGCUUCUCUAACAAGUCCGAUUAACAAAACAGACACAACAGCCUCUGUCAAGGGUGCAAAGGACAUGUCUUCCAAACCAUCUCAGACACCCUGUAGUACGUCAUCUGAGACAUCUGGCACACAUGCAGUGUUAUCAGCCACAAGAAGAUCUUCAGCUAAUUACAUUCCCAAAGUAGGACCUAAUCUCAGUGGAAGUCUUGAACAAUCUGCAAAAGCUGUAACUCAGGGACAACAGCUACAGCAUUCUCCAAGCCACUCUGUGUCUGUCUCACCUCAGAUAAGCCCUACUGUGAGACAACAGGUUGAGCCUCAAGGGCAGCAAUUGAAGUCUCUGCCCAAUGUCCACAUGCAGAUGCAGGGAAGCCAACCUGAAUCUUGCUCAUCAACAGUAAGGCCUGCUAUUAGACAGCCAAUUCCUGUUGAUAAUAAGAGGGCAAUUUUUACUCAGGCACCAUGUCCUUCCAGCCAGUCUUAUGGAUAUGGUCAGGCAUGUCGGGAGCCCACUGCACCAGCAAACACAAUUAAAGCUACAAUAGAUAUGUCUGCCAAGACACCAUCCCAACAGUCUCCCAAAACCAUGACAUCAUCAGAGAAUCUUGCCAGUGAGGCAGUGUCAUUGACAAAAAGAAAACCAUUAACAUCAGGGGAGUCAAAUAAAAUGCCUUGUCGUCAUGGAUCCAUUGAUUUGUCUUGUAGAAUGGAACCAACAGAACUUCGGGAACAAACAAGAGACUGUGUUCCUUCCCCAUCUCUUGAGAAACAUCAUUCUCAGACUAUAAUAGAAAACAAUACCAAGAAAGAGCAGAUGACACUUGACAGAAGGAGGACAGCUUUGCCAAGGAAAUCACAUUCUUUAGGUCAGUCCACUGAAUCCAUGGCAACUUCUAAAUCCUCAAAGCAAGCCACAGCGCCAGCCAAUACAAUCAAAGCCACACUAGAUAUGUCUUUGAAACCUGCCAAAAUGAAGGAGGUGGCUCCUGAAAAAGCAGCAGAUGACACUCUGUCUGAAGCUAUAUCACUGAUGAAGAACAAGCCAAGUGCUCGUGAACUUGCAAGGAAAGGUUCUGUUGGUGUUCCAUUAGUUGUAGAUAUCCCUUCUGAAGAGAUUCUUCCUGUUGUGAGGACGAGUACUCCUAAAGAUGAACAACAGGAUUUUGGCCAUAAGACUCAACACCAAUUAGACCUUUCUCUAUGCCAACAAACAUCUCUGCAGAGCACAAAUGGUGUCCUUGCUCAGUCAAGUCAGUCAGCUUUGCUAUUGUCAUCCACUACUCAGGCAUAUCAGAAAUUAUCAACCCCUGUAAAACCUGUCACAACAGUAGCAUUGGAUAUGUCACCCAAGACAUCCCAAGCUGUGCUGGAAAUAACAUUACCGGAACCAGACUCUACUCAAAGUGAAGCUGUAUCACUUGUAAAUAAACCGAGAGCAAGAGUAGUUGCCAGAGAAGAUUCUGUUGGUGUUCCUCUGUUAGUAGAACGAGCAUCACAAGAACAGGCAUGUGAGAAACAGCUUCAAGCCAUGACCCCACUACAAACACAGCAAACAUUGUACAGAGCCAAAGACCCUGGCCCUGCUGUGCUUCAAGCACUUCCUAGCUGUAUUCCAGUGCUGUGUUCCAGUACAAGGGAGGUUAGCCAAGUGUCACAGUCCACAACUCAACCUUCUCCAUUAGCCUCAGCUCCAGCAAACACAGUUAAAGGUACAUUAGACAUGUCCACAAAAACAUCCAAACCAGACACAGAGCCAGACUAUUCGGAUCCAGUGUCAUUGGUAAGGGCAAGACCAUUGACCUUGGCAUAUGCUGAAAGAGAAUCUGUUGGUGUUCCACUGAUUGUGGAAUCACCUUCCUCGCAAGAACAGCCUGACAGACAAAAGAGACUGGUAGGAACUCAGGAGCAGAUGAAACAAGAGCUUAUGAACAGUGAUUCUCAAGGAGUGGGUUCUGUCCAAGACCGAAAAAUGCAUCAAGCACCAUCAGCACCUGCCAACUCCAUCAAAGGUUUCUUGGACAUGUCUCCAAAGCCACAGCAGAAAUCAGAUGAAACAGCUGCUGAGCUCUUGUCAACUGGAGCAGUGUCAUUGGUUAGAAGCAGGCCAAAUAUAACAAAUAGUGUGUCUGCUGGCGUACCACUAAUAGUGGAGCCUAUUUCACAUCAACAAAGGGCUCAAGUGCAAAGAAUCCAGCCACUUAACUCAGAUCUAGACCUAAAACAAGGAAGACCAAUCAUGAGUGGAGUUAACACAACUGAAAUAUUGCAUCAGCAGAUACCUACAUAUCAUAGAAAUGGGGUCUUUUCAGUUUCAGGUCAUACACACGAAGACACUCAGCCUCUCAAUAAACCCAUGGACUUUUCUCCAAAACACAUCCCAAAUGCACCCCGUAUUUCAAGAAAUUACACUGAACCUAAAGAUGGACAGCCGAUGGAUUUCACUAAUAUUAAGACUGCAAGAGAAAUAGUUGAAAGAAAGCAAACUGGAAGGCCACUAGGAAAGAAAACCGUUCCGGGUAUUGUUGACUUGACCGUGGAUGUUCAAAACAAAAGAAUUAUUGUCAAAAAUGAUGAAGAAGCAAAGGAUCUUUCCUCUCCUGCACCUUCUCUCUCACAAAGUGGUCUUUAUCAUCAUCAGCAGCAGUCACAUACACCUCCAUCCACUCAUGCGGAGGUCAGAGAGGGUGCCUCAAUUUCUCAAACUCAUCAUCCACUGGCCUCGACUGCCAGUAUUCAACCUGGCAUUCAGUGGAGAAGGCAGCAAGAGGCAUUGACAGAAAUUAACUUUCCGAGUACUUCUAUUCCUGCUUCAGUGCCUAUUCAAAGGAAGAUACAGUCCCCUCAGCCCCCUCAGCCUUUUGCUCCACAGGCAGUGCAGAGCAGAACAUUUGGUGUUUCACUUGACAGUGCUUACAAACAGGUCAAUGGUUCACACGUGGAGUUGAAAAAGCCUGAACAUUUGCCUCCAAAGCCAUCUCAGAUACAAACACAGCAUUCAGUGCCACAGCAGCUAUACCAGCAGCCUGGUGUGAGACUUGCCAGGACCACAGUUAAUGACAUACCUCAGCCAACAGUUCCAGUGUUGCAAAGACAAUAUACAAGUGUUCAAUCUGAUGUAGCCCCUAGACCUAAAAUUCUCAUCAAACAGCCAACGGUGGGCAGCUUUGAAGGAAACCAGGUAGAAGGUGGAGCAAUGAAAAGCCAGGAACAGUCAUUGCCUCCUUCCCAUACUCAGCAACUAUAUGAUAGAUCCCAAACUGUUCCUACCACAUGGACUUCAAAUGUACAGUCAUUGCCUGGCCCCAUCAUUCAGCAAGUAUAUCAUGACAGAUCCAGAACAGGUCUUCCUCAACAGUCUUUGAAUACACAACCAGUGCAGAGCAGUUCAAGUACAGUCAACAGAGGAGAAACUGCUCAAGUGUCACUACAGUGUGGACCUAACCAAUACCCUGUUACUGCACUGCAACAGCCUGCACCGACUGUACCUUUAAGUCAAGUCACAGCAGCAGGAUCCCCUUCUGUUAAGGGUUUAAUUUCAAAGUUCAGUGGGUUACAUUCACAGCACUCUGCCAUGACAAGUCCAAGUGUGAUCAUGCCCCAACACAUCCAGAAGCAGACUUCCUCUGUUGCCCAGGUUCCAGCCACUACUGUUAAGGAACAUGGACAUGUUAUUCUCCCAACAAGUCCUCCAGUCACUGAAAUUGAAGGCAAAAUUGCUGUAAGCCCUGAAACUAUAAGGUCUGUUGUGUCAACUUCUCUGCCUUGCCCUCCAUCACCUGUUCAGACCCAACAUCACACUGCUCAAGUGCCACAGAGUCUUGCUAUAUCUCCAACCACAGAGAGAUCAGUCACUGGCUUAAAGACAUCACCUGUGCUCUCUCCCUCCAGCUCACCAGCCCAAGGUUUUCAUACUAUGUCUAUUUCUCAAGGCUCUCAGUUAGAACAGACAACACUUAUUGCAAGCCCAACCAGUGAGAUACCAGAGAGGGAACUACCCAUCCCUGUGACUUCACCAGCUGCAUUCCCUGUGACAAAUACAGCAUGUAUAACUAUUGAGACGAAGCCCAAAGGACGUCUUACUAGAUCCACAUCAAGAGAGGUCUCACAAGCACUGUCAGAUUAUACACAUACAUCCAUUGCCACUGAGCCUGUUGUCACUAGAGAGGAUGUGGAUGUAUAUGAAUCAGACAGUAGAACGUCAGAGGACAAUAAACACGCUAUGACCACAGGGACUCAGUCUCUCAGUGUGAACACUGAAUGUGGAGAGGCCUCCCCUGUAACCAGCCUAUCACAGGAAAAGAAAGCCAGUCACCCAAGGUCUAUCUACAUUGGCAUUGGUUGCUCAGAAGGACCUUCAGUUGAUAUUGAAAAUGAACAAAGUGAGUCAAGACCUUACAUUAGACUACCCCAUAUUUUUGUCUCAGCAGCAAGUUCACCAGAAGAAGAAACAAAUGAACAUGAAAUCACUGAACCAAGCAAGGCAGAACAGCCACCAGAGGUCAGUGGAUCUAUUGCAGCAACACCCCCUGAUUUCAAGGAUUCUUUAUCAGAAAUAGGUGCACUAUCUAUGUCUGAGAAUGUCAAAACUGAAAUUAGUGGUGUAGAGCCUAUAGCAGUAGAGGAGCCCAAGACUUUCACACCAGAGAAGCGCCAUACUGAGACUUCAGUGGAACCCAAAACUGAGGAUGACAAUGGCGCUCAAUUCAUCCUGACCAAAGAAAAUUCUGUCAUAGAAGCUACAUCUUCAGAAGCUGAAGAAAAACUAGAGCCUUCACUUCAGCUAUCAUCUGAAAAAGAAAACUCGACAGCACAAAAAGUAACACCACCUGAAGAAGUUAAGCCUCUCGAUGAGUUGUUCAACAAGGAUGAAAUCACAAGUUCAGUAGUAGCACCCCCAAAUGUUCAGCGUCUUGAUGAGCUGGCCCAGAAGGAUGAAACCACGGUUUUACAGGUGCUGACAUCUGACAUAGUUCAGCCUGUUGAUGAGUUGUCUCCUACAAAAAUUUCACCGUCCUCACACAUGGAACCACUUGAAAGAGUCCAACUUCUUGAUGAUAAAGUGGAAAAGGAUCUUACCUCAUCUGCCACUGAGCCUACUCUAGAACAUGCUGCAGAGGACAGCACAGCCUCUAAAGAGGCUGUUACAAAGGUUGAUCAACCUGAGGCUGAGGUACCUAAAGAGCAAUCAGGCAAAGGCUUAUUCUCAAUGUUUGGCUCUACUACAACCUCACAGGAGACUUCCUCUGAAACUGGUUCAUCAAUACUUAGUGGCAUUCUUCCUGGUUCCUCCACCAAAGAUACCCCUGGAUCAGGCUUGCGCUCUAUUUUUGGUGGAUCAAAUACCCAACCUUCACCUGGAUCUGGAGGUCCAUCCCCACCAGUAUCUGCACCACAGGAGCCUCCAGGAAAGGGAUUGCUUUCUAUGUUUGGUGGAUCCAGUACUCAGCCACCACCCAGCACAAGAGGUCCCACUGUUGGAAGUAUGCCACCUAGGGGUCCACCACCCAAAGAACCUCCAGGAAAAGGUCUGUUUUCAAUGUUUGGUGCACCUGCAGCUCAGCAAGCACCCAGUCCCAGAGGUCCCCCUGGGAGUGGUGUUCCACCAAGAGGACCUACAACUGGAUCCUCUAUAUUUGGUGGCAUCAUCCCAGGUUCUACUGCACCUAAAGAGACUCCAGGUGCAGGUUUAUUUUCCAUGUUUGGAAGUUCUAAUGCCCAGUCCCCACCUGGACCAAGAGCAUCCCCACCUGGGCCUAGAGCCGGGCCGCCGGGGCCUAGAGGUGGACCUCCAGGACCUAGAGGCCCAGAGCCUUCAGGAAAAGGACUGUUCUCCAUGUUUGGUGGAACAAACCAGCAGUCAUCACAAAUAAAUUCAGAAGCCUCUAAACCACCAGAAACAGAGGGUCUUUCCAAAAUUUCCUCUGUAUUUUCACUUGGUGGAAGUUCUGAUUUAAGCAAACCUAAAUCUGGUUUUGGCCUGUUUGGAAAGUCUUUAAUGGAGGACAGUAAAACAGAAACAGAAAUCAUUUCUCCUCCACAGAAGGAUAUUGAUGAAGUGAAGGAUCAUUGUGUUGAAACACAAGCAUUAGAAAACGUACCUCGUGAGCCUGUUCCUACGUCAUCACUCAAAGAGGAGCUCCAGGCAGACAAGGCAAGUGUUGACAAUUCAGCAAGCACCUGUUCUGCAAAUGUUCCGUUUGCAGAACAAGCUUCACUAUCAAUUGAAACCACAGCAGACACACUAAAUGAGACCAGUAAGCCAUCAGUAGAGGAGAUGCCGACCGCUUCUACUGAAAGUACUGUCCAAUUAACAAAUUCUCAAGUAGGGGAAGAGAUAAUAGAACAAUCAGUGCAAUUUCCAUGUGCAGAGCAAGCCUCAGUAUCUCCUGCAACUACCACAGACACAGACACAGCAAAUGAGGCCAGUAAGCCAUCUGAAGAGGAGAAACCACUUGAUCAAACAGCUGUGACUCUUGAAAAUGAGGGAAACUCAGAGAUGAGAAAAGAGGAAAAUAAGGAGCUACCGAAUGCUGAGAAAAUAGCUGUUGAAUCGAAAAUGGAUCCUGUAGAAACCGAGAGGACAUUUGAUCGGUCUGACAUAGUUGUGACUAAAAGUCCUGCAAUAUCAGACAAGCCUGAAGGUAUUGUGGAGACAUCUGUCAUUCCAGAAAGAAAUGUAGAUGAUAUAGACAAAAACACCAGCUCAGAUAAGGUUGGGGAGGAACAUGUGCAAGCUACUGUUGAUGCAUAUACAGCAGUUGCAGAAGUGGAGAAAUCAGUUGUGGGCUCUCUGAAAAUUGCUGGUGAAGAAGAGAUAGCAGUUGCAGAAAUAGAAAAAUCUGCUGAGGAAGUAUUAGCAACUGCAGCUGAUGCAGAGCCAGCACUUGCAGAACCAGAGAAACCUGGGGUUCCUGUAGUUGAAGCAGUAAAGGAACCUAUCGAGUCCAAAUUAGAACUGGAACAAUCUAGCACAGAACCUGCAGCGGUAGUAGAAAAAGAAUUAGAAAGUGAUAAGUCUGUUGCACUGGACAAAGGCCCGGUUUCAUCAACAAAUGAUGAAAGAACACCAGAAAUAGCAUCGUCUCAAGCUGUGGGCCCUCCACAAGGUCCUUCAUUGGGACCUGCCAGUCCACCAGCACAACAGCAGGUCAGACCAGGCAUGGUCAGGCCCACAGGCCCACCAGGACAAAGAAUGGGAGGACCAAGGAUGGGAGGGCCACAAAUGGGAGGUCCAAGGAUGGGAGGGCCACAAAUGGGAGGUCCAAGGAUAGGAGGGCCACAAAUGGGAGGUCCAAGGAUGAGAGGACCAAGAAUGGCUGGACCAAGGCAGCCUGGACCACAGAAGCCCCCAGAACCAGCACCAUUCUCUGGUUUUAUGUCUAUGUUUUCUUCAUCAAAUGCCCCAAGCAAACCAGCAGCUGGUGGUGGCUUUUUCUCAAGCUCGCCGGGAUCAUUCUUUGGCUCAUCACCCACUCCUUGUCCUACUGGCCAGCCACAGCAACAGCAGAAAAGCUCAUUUUUUGGCCUCCCUAGUAGUCUUCCUACAGAGUCCAUAACAAGUGAUCUACUUGGCAUAUUCAAGGGACCAGAGACAACUAAACAAGAGGAGCCUCAACAGCCUGACACAGAGACAGGGCAACUGGAGACCCCUGCAAAGGACACAGUUUCUGAGGGUACUGAAAAAACAGAUGCUGAAAAGACCAGAGAGAGUCAUGACUCUGAGGUGCCUGAAAAAGGCACACUCGAGAAGGCAGAACAUCCUGACAAAACUGAGGCAGAGGAAUGUAUUGUGACAAAACUCACUGGGGAAGCUGGUUUUCCUGAAGGAGAAGGGAAUAAGGAACCUGUUGUGCUUGUAGAGGGGCCAGAUUCUACAGGGACUGACAAAACCGGACCAACCGAUACUCCUGAAUCAAAAGGUGUGUUUGACAUCCCAGGCGUAGCUGCCUCUACAUUUGGAUUUAUGUCUGGAGCAACUGAUGGCAAAUCUUCCUUUGGAUCCCUUUUCUCUUCCACUCCAUCCCCAGCAUCUGGUGCUAAGACAUCACAGCCACCACAGGCAGAUGGUGGUCUCUUCUCUGGUUUUAAAAGCCUGUCAGCUGGUAUAUUCCAGGAUGACAAAACAGCUGGAAAGGAAGAACCAUCAUCUGCUGCAACUGUGUUUGGCAUGAAACUUGGCUCUAUGUUUGGGAACUCUGACUCCUCUAACUCUGAAUGUCCUCCUGUGACCAUCCAACCUCAGCAUCAAAGUCAAAAACCGGUAGAUGAGAUUUGUGAAACAGAGGGUGAGAAACUCUCUCCAGCCUCUGAAGAAACUGGAAGUGCAGAUGCAAGUGAUACCGAGGGGCCAACAGAAACUUCCAAAACAGGAAGCUCAGAUACGUUGGCACAAUCGGCACAGACUGGGUUGCAUUGUGAUGCUGUUCAUGCAGCAGAGAGUGUAGAUAACCCUCAAUCACAGAUCAUCCAACCUGAUAUUGAUCAGAGUGAAGUCACCCUGCCUGACAAACCCUCUGCAGAUUUCGCCACAGAACUCAAAUCGAAGGACAUAUUGGACAAGGGAGCCACCAAAAGUCCGGCAGACAGCAGCCGCUAUGGUUCAUCAGGAAACCUCAGCCAGGCCAGCUUCCAGCUCAGCUCGGAGCCCGAGGAGCGCCUUGACCCAGAUACCUACCACCCCACCGGGCCUCGCCCGCCUCUCCAGGGCCACCAGCCUGCCUGGGAGGAGGAAGAGGAGGAGGUGGAGAAAGAGCUUUACCCACAACCAGAGCCUGGCUCCAAAAAAGAUCUGAAGGACUCUUCAGUCAUCCUGCCCAAACCAAGCUUGGACAAGCGUGAUGCCAAGCCUGAGAAUAGGAUCAGCUUCUUUGAGGAUGGCCCUCCACCCUGCUCUCCAUCCAGAGUGCGCUGGCUAAAGGCAUACAACAAAGUGAGAAUACAGCUCCUUGAGAGCCGGGAUCAAGAUGGUGACCCCAGCAAGCACCCGUGGGCUAGACCUGGGGGAAACACACCGUUUGGCAUCGACAGCAUGCCUGACCUCCGCAAGAGGAGGCCGAUUCCCCUCGUCAGUGAACUGGCCAUGUCUAUGAUCCAGUCCAGGAAAGCUGGACUCGCCCACGCUUUGGCUACACGGACCUCCCUGAAGGACGAGGACCUUAAAAGUCACGUGUACAAGAAGACGCUGCAGGCUCUGAUCUACCCCAUCUCCUGCACCACGCCCCACAACUUCGAGGUCUGGACCGCCACCACGCCCACCUACUGCUACGAGUGCGAGGGCCUGCUGUGGGGCAUCGCCCGGCAGGGUAUGCGCUGUGCCGAGUGCGGGGUCAAAGUGCACGAGAAAUGCCAGGAGCUGCUGAACGCCGACUGCCUGCAGAGAGCGGCGGAGAAGAGCUCCAAGACGGGGGCGGAGGACCGGACGCAGCACAUCAUCACCGCCAUGAAGGACAGGAUGAAGAUCCGCGAGAGGAACAAGCCGGAGAUCUUUGAGGAGAUCCGGAAGGUGUUCGCCAUCACCAAGCUGCUCCACGCCCAGCACAUGAAGACCAUCAAGCAGAGCGUCUUGGACGGCACCUCCAAGUGGUCGGCCAAGAUCACCAUCAACAUCGUCAGUGCCCAGGGUCUCCAGGCCAAGGACAGGACGGGCUCCAGUGACCCGUACGUCACCAUCCAGGUCGGCAAGACCAAGAAAAGGACCAAGACCAUCUACGGGAACCUCAACCCCGUCUGGGAGGAAAAGUUCAGCUUCGAGUGCCACAACUCGUCGGACCGGAUCAAGCUGCGGGUUUGGGACGAGGACGACGACAUCAAGUCGCGGGUGAAGCAGCGCCUGAAGAGAGAGUCGGACGACUUCCUGGGUCAGAGCAUCAUCGAGGUCCGGACGCUCAGCGGCGAGAUGGACGUCUGGUACAACCUCGAGAAGAGAACAGACAAGUCGGCGGUGUCUGGUGCCAUCCGUCUGCAGAUCAGCGUGGAGAUUGAAGGAGAGGAGAAGGUGGCACCCUACCAUGUGCAGUACACCUGCCUUCAUGAGAACGUGUUUCACUUCUCGACGGACGUGGAGGGCGGCGGCGUGGUGAAGAUCCCGGUGGCGCACGGGGACGACGCCUGGAAGGUCUACUUCGACGAGGUGCAGCAGGACAUCGUGGACGAGUUUGCCAUGCGCUACGGGAUCGAGUCCAUCUACCAGGCCAUGACCCAUUUCUCCUGCCUUUCAUCUAAGUACAUGCUGUCAGGGUUGCCAGCAGUGAUGAGCACCCUGCUGGCUAACAUCAAUGCCUUCUACGCCCACCCCACCGCCUCCACCAACGUCUCCGCUCCGGACCGAUUUGCUGCCUCCAACUUCGGGAGAGAUCGCUUUGUGAAGCUUUUGGAUCAACUUCACAACUCCCUGCGAAUCGACCUCUCCAUGUACCGAAACAACUUCCCGGCCAGCAGCAAGCCCCGCCUCCAGGACCUGAAGUCAACAGUGGAUCUUCUCACCAGCAUCACCUUCUUCAGGAUGAAGGUUUUGGAGCUGCAGAGCCCCCCCAGGGCCGCCCACGUGGUGAGGGACUGCGUGAAAGCCUGCCUCAACUCCACUUACGAGUACAUCUUCAACAACUGUCUGGAGCUCUACAACCGCCAGUUCCAGCCCGCCGAGGAGAAGAAGGAGGAGGGCCAGCCGGAGGAGCAGGGACCGAGCAUCCAGAAUCUGGACUUCUGGCCCAAACUCAUCACCCUCAUCGUCUCCAUCAUCGAGGAGGACAAGAACUCCUACACGCCCAUCAUCAACCAGUUUCCUCAAGAACUCAACGUGGGUAAAGUCAGCGCCGAGGUCAUGUGGACGCUGUUCGCCCAGGACAUGAAAUAUGCCCUGGAGGAGCACGAAAAGCAUAAGCUGUGCAAGACCGCUGACUACAUGAACCUUCACUUCAAGGUCAAGUGGUUGUACAACGAGUACGUUAAGGACCUGCCCGCCUUCACGGACACUGUGCCAGAGUACCCUGCAUGGUUCCUCCAGUUUGUCCUGGCCUGGCUCGGCGAGAACGAGGAGGUGUCGCUCGAGUUCAUGCACGGAGCCCUGGAGCGAGACAAGAGGGAAGGGUUCCAGCAGACGUCGGAGCACGCGCUGUUCUCCAGCUCGGUGGUGGACAUCUUCACGCAGCUCAACCAGAGCUUUGAGAUCAUCAAGAAGCUGGACUGCCCCGACCCCAAGGUGGUGGCCCACUACAACCGCCGCUUCGCCAAGACGAUCACCAAGGUGCUGCUGCAGUACUGCGCCCUGCUGGCCAAGAGCUUCCCCUCCUACUGCGAGAAGGAGAAGAUACCCUGUGUGCUGAUGAACAACAUCCAGCAGAUGAGGGUCAUGCUGGAGAAAAUGUUUGAGUCAAUGGGAGCGAAGCAGCUGGACACAGAGGCGGCUGACAUUCUCAAUGAGCUGCAGGUGAAGCUCAACACCAUCCUGGACAAUUUCAGCGCCAUGUUUGGGAAAAGCUUCCAGACUCGUAUAAACGGCUGCAUGCGUCAGAUGGCUGAGAUCCUCUACCAGAUCAAAGGCCCGCCCAACCGCAACACCGCCGAGGCGGACGCCGACGCCAUGCUGCGGCCCCUCAUGGAGUUCCUGGACGGCAAUCUCAGUAUCUUCGCUGACAUCUGUGAGAAGACGGUGCUGAAGAGGAUCCUGAAGGAUUUGUGGAAGAUCGUCCUCAGCAGCCUGGAGAAGACCAUCGUCCUGCCUCAGAGCAACGACAGCCUGGGUGCCCAGCUCCUCACUGCUGCUAAAGGCCUGUCUAAUCUCAAGGGAGGAGGAGGUGAAGCCAAAACUCUGACGCCCAAACAGUGCAUGAUCAUCGACGCAGGACUGGAAACUAUCAAGCAAUAUUUCCAUGCAGGUGGAAACGGGCUAAAGAGAGCCUUCGUGGAGAAAAGUCCUGAACUGGCUUCACUGAAAUACGCACUCUCCCUCUACUCCCAGAGCACCGACGCUCUCAUCAAGACCUUCGUCACCACACAGCACUCCCAAGUGCAUGAUGGGAUGGGCAUCAGAAUCACCCCCAAUGAGAAGGUUCGCCCUGACCGAGGCUCAGGGAUAGACAAGCCCAUCGGAGAGGCCAUGGUCCAGAUUGACAUGGCCCUGGGGAAGGAACGCAAGGUCAACGUCAGAGUCAUCGCCGUGAACGACAUGAAGUGGCAGACGUCGGGAAUGUUCCGGCCCUUCGUGGAGGUCGCCAUGAUCGGCCCCUUCCUGGCCGACAAGAAGCGAAAAUUCGCCACCAAGUCCAAGAACAACAGCUGGACCGCCAAGUUCAACGAGGCCUUCCAGUUUGUCCUGGGUAAGGAAUCCCCAGAUUGCUACGAGCUCCAGCUGACGGUGAAGGAUUACUGUUUCGGCCGGGCGGACCGGGUGGUGGGCACGGCCGUGAUUCAGCUCCGAGACGUCGCUGAGCGCAAGAGCUGCGUUUGCUGGUGCCCGCUGGGGCCGAGCAUCCGCACCGACGAGACCGGCAUGACGGUGAUGCGCAUCCUGUCGCAGCGGCCUGCCGACGAGGUGGCCAAGGAGUUCGUCAAGCUAAAGUCCGAGACUCGUCCCGCUGAGGAGGGCAGAUGAGAAGGGGCCCCAACUCGGCAUCGAGCCGUCUUACAGAUGAUUUCAUAGAUUGUUGAAGAUGUGAAAGUGACAUUUAUCAGGGUAGGAUGAGGGUUUCUCGCCUUGUUUACAGCUUGGUCUGCUCUGUAUGCCGUCAUCCUUGAUCUCCACAUUCAGAGCGUCAGGGCAAAACUCUCACCUGCUAGUCGCCCCAAAGCAAGUUAAAUAGACUGAUAUUUGGAAUCAAAUUUCUCUUGAAAAAUUUCAAUUGAAAACCCAUAUGAAUGUCAUCACCAUCAUCAUCACCUUCAAGCAAAGUUAAAGUUUUCAAUAUGAGGGUAACAAUCAAAACUAGACGUCGUUCCUGGUUUGGUUGCAAGUUAUGAUACAAAACAAGCUCUUGAAUCGAUCUACUUUGACUUCUAGGUUUGUAACCAGUGAAACUUGGACAAAUGCAUCAUGUCAGUCAUCCCUUGUCCAACAGAGCAGACAGACACAAGGCAACACCAAAGCUGCAACACUUGGGUUUUGGGGUGACUGUGGCUCACAGAGGCUCGCAGAGCAGCCGAGGUGCCGCUCUCCAAAGUUUCAAAUGCACAUCAAACAGAUCUGUGAUCCCGCGCGUCACAGAAACGUUGGGUGGUUGAGCAAAGGAAGCACUUCUGGUUUCAGAAUGAGCAAAACACCGUCACAUCUCAUCCUUUCACACAGCAUGCACGGCUGAAAUCUGCCUCAGCGCGUCCAGCAGCAGCCUGUUGCCAUCUCGUGCUGUGCUGUCAUUUCUAUGUAUCUACACAAAACUGCAGUAUGUUGACACCUGCAUGCGCACGCCCCAUGCAGGCUCGCAUACUUGCAGCCACUCGACUCUAAUUCAGCCUUAAUCCGCUCUUUUCACUGAUAAUCCAGUGAUUUCUCAAUCUCAUUCAGUCACUGUUUAGCGAUGAUCAUUACAGGAACCGAGACAGGCGUGAGUGGGAGGAGGAAAUCCCCCAGUUCUUGUACUGUACGAGCCUCGGACACCUUGUAACUGAUAAGAGAUGUAGUAACAUGGGUCUUAUGCAAAACACACACACAAACACACACACAAACACAAGAGAAUGUCUUGUCACAGCAGUGUUGAACACCAGAUAUUCACCAUCUCCCUCAUGUUACAUAAAAAUGAACACUGAAUAUCGGUCACAAAGACGAAUGAAGAGUUUUGCUGCAAAAUGAGAUAUCAAAAAAAACUUAUGUGAACCGAAUCCCUCAGAUAUUAAAGAUAUUCUCUGGCGAACUUCAAGUGAUACUUCCCCAAAAUGGAUAGAGGUGUUUUGUGGUGAAAAUGCAUGAAUUGGGGAAUUACGCUCUCCAUUUCCCGAUCCUCAUGAUUUCACAGCCUUAAAAAACAGUCAGCUAGCUAAUUCUGCUCAUCACAACUCUGAGUAGGAGCGGGGAAAUCUUUUAAUGUAACACAUAUCCAUUUUAAAUGAAUCCUAAACUCUUAAGCAGAGGGUUUUUUUGGGAAUGGGGGGUCUAAAACCGUGACCUGUAAGGGAGCAGGACACAAACUAUCCUGAGGAUUGUGUGGUAGAGUAGCUUAAAGCAUCUGAAUACUUGACCGUGGCCUAUCGAACAUCUGAAGAAAUUUUCUUUUCAGCUGUAGGAAACGCUUAAAUGUGUUUUACCGAAUCACAGUUUUGAAUUUUCUGUUUUUGCCAAGCAUGAAAUUGUGACUGUGAAGACUGUUCACCUGUAAGACCUGCAAUGAAUGGAAGUCGCUGAAAGCCUGACUACGGGUUUUUAGGGGUAAAAUAAUACAGAAAUAUUUAAGACAGUAAGGUACAGACUUCCACACCAUUUUCAUUUUUUCAUCGCAUCAGAACAAACAUUUAAAAACCUAAAUGCUCUUUUCGGCAUCUGUCACACGUCAUAUCUUUCUCAACAUCUGAUUGGUCUUAUACUUCAGGCCCAUCCCCAGAGAUGGACUUUGCUUGGUUGCCAUUUGCUGAAACAAAAAAAAAAAAAAAAAAAAAAAAAAAGUACAGGCAGUCAAGCCGUCCGGUGGUAUUGCACCAACGUGCACCGGGGUUGAAAUGCACUCUUGUUUGUUUACCACGUGCCAAGGAACGCAAGCGCUCAGCUAGCUACGUUCAACUAAAGCUCUGUUCAUGUAUUUUGGGUUGUUGGGGUACAGAUGUAGCCAUUGUUGACGUCGUAUUGUUUAUUUUGUGUCUGCUGCACAGCCGAGUUUUGGUUUACAAUUUGGUUCUGCUGCUGAGGAAAGAUUUGUCUGCAGGAUAUGUGCAUGAGGGGGAUUUUUUAAAAUUUAUUUACUUAUGUUACAAUGGCUACUGCUGUACUGGCAAGUGAACUUUUGCACUCUGUUUAAAAUUAAUUGUAAGUUUGUAAAGAAAAAAGCCUACGACCAGAGCAUGUAUUUAUUGUACACAAUGAAACUAAACUAGAAUUGUGAACUUUUUAAUGUAUGUACUGUCAAAUAUGAAGAGGGUUGAUAUAUGUAAAGUACUUAUCAUUAUUCUAAUGUGACAUAUGUUGAAUAUACUUGUAACAAUAUUUUGUAUAUAAAGUAUUUAUGAAUCAUCA